AUGGCGAGGGGGGUGAUAGCGGCAGGAGCCGCGGUCGUGAUGGUGGCGUUUGUGGUGGUUAUGAGAGCGACAGGAAGAGAUAGUGAGGGGGAUCAGGAGCAGCUGCUCCAGUGGACCCCCCACACUGGAAGGUUGACCGAGAUGUCGAGGAGAGAAGCUCGUCAUCACCCUCGCCAAGACUGGCACCUGCAUCACCGUUCCUUCGCUCAUGCCAGAGGAUCAAGGUCUGCGCAGGCAUGGGCGCAGCAGCUUCUUCAGCGAGGAUCAUCAAUGGCUGAGGAUAGCGACAGAACUUCUCUUGUCCGCUCGAUAGCAACCAGGAGGUACUCUAACGAUCACAACGGAUACACUUCCAUGGUUCCGGAGUCUCGCAGCCAAGAGAACGAUGUCUAUAGCUUUGCCAACUCCAUUUCAAGCGACAGUACAUCGCGAGAGAACAAGCAGGUCCUCCCGCGAGCAAGGGAGCAGCUCCUUGCUCAGGUGGAUCAGGCCGAUUCUCCCGUCCCCAGAACCUCAGCAGCUCGUGAGGACAAGGCCAGGGAGGACACGCAGGCAUGGAGCUGGGCUCAGGAAGCAGUAAAGAGGACGUCGCAUCCUAUCCUUCGAAGCUCAGGGGGGCAGCCCAUGGGAGGUGCUCCCGUGGACGAGAGGAAGGAGACGCCGGUGCAGUCGGCAUGGGACUGGGCCCAAGACAGUUUCGCCCGAUCUCGCCAUCAUCAUCAACAACAUCGGCAGCAUCUUGCUCGAACGAGCGCCCCACAUGAGGUGAAGCCGGUGAAGCCGGUGGAGCCACAGGCUGCGAAGCUGGCGGAGCCUCCUAAGGCAGCAGCUGGUCACGCUCAGACCAAGAGCCCACGCCCUGCCAGACUUGCAGCUGCCAGAAUGGCCGUUACGAAACUCCAUCAUGACACCAUGAAGUAUGAGCAUGACAGGUUUGCACGUAGAGAGAGACAGGAGGAGAAGCGAGAAGCCGAGAUCGAGAAGGAGCACAAGGAGGAGGAGAAGCUUGCGGAUGAAGGGGCUGACGCUGAGUUCAAGGAGUACGGCGCGAUCUCCUCAGACUGGAUCUCUCGUCCGUCCAGCUCCGAUCACUUGACGUCAACCUCAACUAGGAGGUCGAGCCGUCAGCAGAGUCACGCCAGAGCAUUGCAAGCAUCACCCAAGAGCAAGGCGGGGACGACUGACUCAGUGAAGUUGGCGGAUGAGAUCGCACAGGCGUAUCAGCGGGGCUUCUCCGCUGGAGUGAAGACCGAGGAGAAGCUUGUCAAGCAAGCCCCUCGUGCUGUCAAGCCGCAAACUCAGAAGAAGCUUUCGCACAAGACUAUGCAGGCCAAGGAAGCUCGCAUGCAGUCUUUGGCCGACAACACGUGGAAUGAUGCGGAUGGUGACUUCCAGGUCGACGGCAGUGCAUGGGGGCCGAGCGCGGGAGAUUGGGCAUGA